CUUUCAACUUCCUUUAUUUGCGAGUCCGACCAGGGGACAUUCUUCCUUCUCAAAGAACGUGGUGGAGAUCUCUUCUGAAGAGGCAACAUGGGAAGCAAAUCCUGGCUGGCCGUGUACCUGUUGGUCCUCAUCCUGGAUCCGACCACUCCUCAGGGAAGCGUCUGCCAAGCUCCCAAUGGCAGAGAUGGGCAUCCGGGGGCUCCGGGCCGAGACGGACGACUGGGACAGAAGGGUGAUGUCGGCGAACCAGGUGUGGCCGCGCGAAGCACGGGUGUCCGCGGACUCAAAGGUGACCCAGGGCAGCCUGGACCCCCAGGAAAGCCUGGCAACCAAGGCUAUCACGGUGCAGAUGGCCCUGCAGGCCCAGCAGGCCCCAUGGGGAGCAAAGGCGUCAAAGGCCAAGUCAGCAACGUCCAGGACCAGAGCCGGACGGCCUUCUCGGCCACCCGGCAGUCCCCAGGCCCGACCCCAAAUGCCAACGCCGUAGUCUUCGACAACGUCAUCACCAACCAAGACAACCGCUACAGCGCUCUGACUGGGGAGUUCACCUGCAAAGACCCCGGGUACUAUUACUUCAGCUUCCAGGUAGUUUCCAGCGGCAGCCUCUGCCUCCGCCUCAUGCACAAAGGCACUGUGGUGGCCACCUUCUGCGAUGAAAACAACCACAGGAUCUUUCAGGUCAACUCGGGCAGCAGCGUCCUCAAGCUGGCUGAGGGGGAACGGGUUUGGCUGGAGCGGGACCCUGAAGACGGGAACAGCAACAUUUACACGGGUCCCGACGCCGACAGUGUGUUCAGCGGCUUCCUGUUGUUCCCCUCAGAGGCGUGAGAAGGCCACCUUGGCCCCCGUACUAUGCCCACAAAGACUGUUGUGCCAACCUAAUGUGUGCCUAAGCAUCUGUCCCACUGUUUGUCAAAUCUAAAUGCUCUGAGGAAGGCCAGCUAACAUCUAGAAUGACUGCUACAUAUGGGGUCAAACAGGGUUGGAUACUGGUUCCUACUAUAUUCAACAUAUCCAUGUAUGAUUUACCUUAGCUCCAUUCUACACAUGUUUUCAUUCUCUCAUAUGCAGAUGAUGCUGUGCUACUGUCCUUAUCUGGUAUCAGCCUUAAAUGCUUAAUGCAUUGCUUUGCCACCAAGCUCCAUUCUACCCAUGUUCCCUUACUCUUGUAUGCAGUUGAUACUGUACUAUUGUCCUUAUCUCGUAUUGGCCUUAAAUGCUUAAUUCAUUGGUGAAUGGAUGGAUAGAUUGGUAGAUGGAGCAAGAAAACAAAAA